CUGUCCAGCACACCACACCACCGGAGACAUCCGACGCCACUCGAAUUCCCCACCGCCCGCCGCCGCCGUCGCCGUCGCGGCGCCAUGCUCCACCUUCGGAAGCGCGUCCUCUCCCAUCUCCUCUCCGCCGCGCCAGCGCCUUCCACAUCCCGACUCCUCUCUCUCCACCGCCUCCUCUCCGCGGCCGCGCCCGCCGUUUCCCCCAACCCUAGCUUCGCCGUCGAGGAGUACCUCGUCGGCGCCUGCGGCCUCACCCGUGCCCAGGCACUCAAGGCCUCCGCCAAGCUCUCCCACCUCAAGUCCCCCGCCAACCCCGACGCCGUCCUCGCCUUCCUCGCCGGCCUCGGCCUCUCCGGCGCCGACGUCGCGGCCGUCGUCGCCAAGGACCCGCGGUUCCUCUGCGCCAAAGUGGAGAGAACUCUGUCCCCCGUCGUCGUCGGGCUCACCGGCCUCGGUCUAUCCCCUUGUGAUAUCGCGCGCCUCGUCUUGCUCGUCCCCGACAACUUCCGCCAGAGAUGCGUCGUCUCCAAGCUAGAGUACUACCUGCCACUCUUCGGCUCCUUCGAAAACAUGAUCCGGCCGCUCAAACAUGGCUCCUCCAUCCUCGACUCUGACCUCGAGAGGGUGGUCAAGCCCAAUGUCAGUCUCCUAGCAGAGUGCGGAAUAGGUGCUUGUGAUAUUGCCAAGCUCUUCGUAUGUUCGCCGUGGAUACUGUGUGCCAAACCAGGGCGUGUCCUGGAGAUGGUUGCGUGUGCUGAAGGUAUAGGUGUGCCCUGUGGCUCUGGAAUGUUCAGGCAAGCGCUGCAGGCCGUCUCAUACUUGAGCGAGGACAAGCUCGCUGCCAAAGUGGACUACUUGAAGAAGACAUUUAGGUGGUCAGAUACGGAGGUCCGCACUGCUGUGUCCAAGUGGCCGGUUGUGCUAAGGUGCUCAAAGGACACGCUGCAGCGCAAGUCCGAGUUCCUCAUCUCUAAGGUGGGCUUGGAACCGGCGCGCAUUGCUCACUGGCCGGUUAUCCUCGGUCUUAACCUGGAGGGCCGGCUCAGGCCCCGGUACCAUGUUAUGAGGUUUCUUAAGGAAAAUGGAUUGCUCAAGCGUGACCCAAGCGACUGUACAAUUGUUAAAUUGACUGAGAAAGAGUUCUUGGAGAAGUUCAUAUGCCCUCACAAGGACGCUGCACCAUACCUUGCUGAAGACUAUGCAACCGCUUGCAGAGGGGAAGUGCCUGCGAGAUUCAUAUUUGCAUGAACCAAGAAGCAGGAAAAUGGAUUGCUAGAGCGCGAGGGGAACUACUAUUCAGCAGCCUUAGUUACUGGGAAGAUUUUCAUGGAAAAGUUCGUAUGUCCAUACAAGGAAGCUGCCCCCACCUUCCCAAAGACUGCUGCCACUUGUAGGGGAAGUGCCUUCUAAUUUCAGACUUACAUCACCAAUAACGGGCUAUGAGAAUUGGUAACUGCGUAUGUCUACGUGUAGUGAGCUGGUAAUUUUUGUCUCAGUGUUCUUUGCCUAACUAGAUGUUGGUUAUCUGCUAUAGCAUAUCUGGUACUGUACAUGUUAAUUCAGUGUCGCCAGUCCUGGUUGAAACUAAUAAUUUGAUUUUAGAGUACUUGUACGUCCACUAUAUCAUUUAGAGAGAAGAAAGAAUCACAUUGCGAUGAACUUUUCCAUCCUGAUCUCAUAUUGAUACGCAUUCUGAACUAAGAAAGUGACAUCAGGGCAUUCUGCAAAUGCUUUCAAGUAUUAAUGAAAAGUAUAUCUGCACGCUCUAUAUCUUUAUGUUCUGAGUGGCAAUUGCAGCUUUCAAUGCGAUCCUGAGUUAAUCUAUCUUUCCAUGAAAAAGGGUUCUCAAUAUGGCCAUAAAGAUGACAAGAAGUCCCGAAAUUUGUUGAACUUUUUUUCGGGAACAAUUCUGGAGUUGUUGAUGGUCACAACGUGUUGAUCACUGUUGAGGGUGCAGUUUUGAUAUAGUCUGUUGGUUCCUCUAGUUCUUCUUGCUUAGCUGAAUGCCUUCAUUUUUCAAGCAGUAGCUUUGUUUAUAAAAUAUUAACUGUUGUGAAAGCAGCUCAUCGUUUUCUAGUACUUUGUAUCAGUUUUUUCCUUUAUUUUUCUCUUAUAUUCUUGGAUGGCAUACUGGCUGAUGAUACUUUUUCUGGGAGCAUCUGAUGUCAAAACUGAAUAGUAAAGUAGUUGGCCAGUAGCAUUUUUGUCGAUGGCCUACCCAUAUAGCACUAUGUAAUGGAUAUGUCGAAGGCCCAGGUAUUUGUACUGGAGAAGCAAAUUGAUGCUUGUAUGGUGUGGUGCUGAAAAGCAGAGGGCAAUUCAGACAAUACAGGAAUAUGUUAAGGUGGUCUUAAAAAGGUUAUGGCAUUACCAUGUUACUCUCUGCCUUACCUUUUAGCUAGUUUUAAUCUAUAUUAGCACUAUCUAUAUAGAUACUCAGGACAUUUUUAUCAUUGGUGUGCUUUAUUGGGAUAGCAAGUCACCCUCUGUCUUAUGUUUGAUAUUUUGCUUUUUUAGAUGCUCUUUUAUAUUUGCUUUAGUUGUGUUGAUUACAAUAUUUUGUGAGGACAUGUAUGCUGGUAUUGGAAAAAACAGAAUGAAGAUACCUUAGCCAAGAGAUGGUCCGAGAGAUGAUAUCUUAACAAAAAAAGGGCAGCCCCAGUGCAUGUAGCUCCCGCUUGCGCAGGGUCUGGGGAAGGGUCCGACCACUUUGGGUCUAUUGUACGCAGCCUUUCCCUACAUUUCUGCAAGAGGCUGUUUCCAGGACUUGAACCCGUGACCUCAUGGUCACAAGGCAGCAGCUUUACCACUGCGCCAAGGCUCCCCUUCAGAUGAUAUCUUAACAAAGCCUGGUCUUAAUAUUUAGGGGAAUGCAGUAUUUUUUCUCAGUUAUACUGAAUGCCAUCUCUUCGUGCACUCCUUUCAGUUAAAUCUCAGCCUAGGCUUGCAAGUACUAGCUGUCAGAUAGCGAGCGUAGUUAUGGAAUCUUGGAGAAUUGCAAACACAGAAACUGUAGACAUGCUGGCCUACCUCCAAUUAAGAAUCAAGAUGUGUGAGGAGAGGAUGUAACACAAAGGAGAUGGGCACAUGCUAUUAUUGGCGCAGAGCUCUGAUUUGAAAUGAAGAUCAGUUGCGUGUCUCUUCUCUAGUGCCUAGUUUAGCCUGUGGGAAUUAUAGAAAUAAUAUUAAUGCAAUGAAGGCGAGGGGAAGGGGUCUAUUAAGGAAUGAAGUGACUUGCCAGGUGAGUAAUUUGUUUUUAAAAAAGUAGUUUCCUUGAGUAAGAAUUGGCCGGGCAAUAAAGAGCAUACUGACUGAUUUACUGAGUGUUGUAGAUUGAUGGUGCUUUCUUACUUUCUUGAGAAGAAGUGAUGAAACUAGAUAUAGAUGCAUAGUUCUUUCUUCUUCUUUCAGGAGAUCGACCAAGCAUGGUGGUUGGGGAUUUGCUAUACUACACAUGAUUCUGAUGGUUCUGUUAGUUGAUGAUGCCUGAGACUUCCUUCAGUUACAAGUAUUUAUUCAAGUGUUGAUGAUGCCUUUCUCCUUCUGAAUUUUGCAAGUUGUGCAAUCCUUCUGAACCUGAUACUUGCAUGAUAAUUUACUUUCACACUAGAACAUUUUCUACCCUGGGAUAGAAACUUGUGCUCUAAACUUUCUUUUGUACGCUGGGAAACUUCUGGUGUUAUCAAAUGGUCUUUGCUUUUACUCCACCUCUAUGAGCACUGUUACCGAAGAAUGGGUUAUUGAAAUACUUGGGCAAAGAAGCUGCUGUUCAAUCGACAGUUGCAUUUAGCACCAGCUAGUGCUGCAAUUUCUUAUUAUUUUAAUAGAAAGCCGCAAAUGAUCGAGGCGCUAUGUAGUAUGUGAAUUAUGUGUUUUCAUCUUCACCUGUACAGUUUUAUUGAGUCAACCAUGCAUGCCAUCACUUUUUUUCUGGAGCUGAUAAACGAAUGUAAACAAACAUAUUUCUCUGUUUUCCAUCCAUAUAUAUGCCAUGUAAGCAAUUAGAUGUGGAAUUUAAAGCCGCUAGCUAAUUGAUGGUGAUUUACUCAGACUAAUAUUUAGUUUGCCCUUUCUCUUGGUCUUACCAGAGCUUUCCUUUAACGGGAACAGUCUUAAUAGAGCUUUUUAUGUGUAGGAAUUUGGUGCAUGGAAGCAAGCAGAGGGCAGUUAUGGAUAAAGUUCAGCAAGCUAACUGGUACGAAUAAAGCUAUGUUGUUAUUCACCCUCCAUUUACCGGGGUAUCCAAUCUGCUUAGAUUGAUCUGCACUUGCACUUCCUUUGACUAGGUAUGCGCUGAAGUUUAUUCCCUUUUUUCUGUGAUUUCCUGGCUGUGGCUGCAUACCAUUUUGAAAUCCUGAGCAAUUUCCGCAGUACAAGUGCGGAGUGGUAAUUUGAUAUUUAGGAUCGGAACAAGUUAAAUAUGCACUCUUCCUAAGACUUGAGAAUGAUGCAGCAAUGUAUCAUCCAUAGUAUCCUGCGUAUUGAUUCUGAGGAUGCUCUGAGAUCUGGCAAUACAAACGCAAGGGGCCGAAGGUACCGCUGCAGUCAGGCUGGAUAUACCGCUGCAGACGCAAGCUUACAUGAUCGCUGGAGGAGAGACAUGGUUUCAGCCGUGGCGGCGCGAGAUUACUCGACACUCUAUUAAGACGGCGGGGGAAGAUCAGUGUCGCCGUCCAAUCAAGUGUCGCUAGCUGGGGAAGUUGGCAGCAGUCUGGGAGGUGAGGAAGAUGAGAUGAUCGUGUAAUUGCUGGGCGUUUUUGAACCCUAUCAGUAGAGAAGAAAGAUUGAUAUGUGUGAGCGCCUGCUAAUGCUGACUCAGUGUUGCAAAUCGAUCGCUAGAUCACAGCUGAGCUAAUAUUGCUGAAUAAUGGUGAGGGAGAAGGUAUUUGUUGAUAACCUUACAAGGAAGCUGCCUCACCCUGCUGAAUGCUCUGCUGCCGCUUGCAGAAGGCAAUUGUGCACUAGAUUCAGAUUUGCCAGCCUGAUAAAAGGAACAGUGUGUCAAAUUUCAAAAGUAAUCAGUUAGUUCUUUUUCUCCCGACUAAAAGUUUGAUUUCUUAACAUGGUGGCAUACUGUUGGAAUAUUUGUCUGAAGCUGGGUAUUCAUAUUUGUAUAGAAAGCAAGGGAUGCUGAUAUCUUGGAUAUUA